AUAGUGGUGCAUUUUAGAGAAAAUAAUUAACACGUCGUAGUGCAAUAAAUACGACUUAAAUAUAUAUUACAAUGUUGUAAGCUGCAAAUGAAUUAUAAAGUGAUAUAAUGAUAUAAUAUAACCUAAUCACAACCCACCACCCUGCAUGAUUCAUGCUAAAUUAGUCUCGCUGUCAGCAUUGACAAGGUUGACCCUAAAACCAACUCUCGCGAUACCUAGUACGAGAUUACAGUGAAGGGAGGGCUGCAUGGAGAACUGAAAAGACAAAACAAAGCCCCCACAUUUCAACUAACAGGCGCUGGUCGCUUUUUUAUUUUAUUAUUAGUUUUUUAUUCACCAAAAACAGGUUUCACUCGUUUCUUGUAUUCUCUUCAUUUUAACAGCAAUAUUAAGUAGGUUUUGCAUGAUGCCAAGUAGCACGUCUUUGUUGGAGGCCGAUGAGGGAGAGUCCGAGGUCCCACCGCCGCUCGUGCAUGCUUUCGCCGGUAUGGGCCUCGACGAGCACCACGGCAGCCAGAGCCAGGCUCCUGAACAACCAGAUGAGAGUGUUUCCUUUCACCAUCAGCUCCCUGCAGUAUCCCAUUUCAGCAUCCUCGGUACGGUCCUUGACUUGAAGCCUCUCCCGCUGCAUCGGCCGCCCUCGGGGGAUGAAGCGAACAAAACGGCAGAGGACGAAGAGCUUGAAGGGAUAGCGGCCACUUCUUCGGGCGCGUUGCUAGCAAAGGCCCACCGUAAUCAGCACCUCCCAUCAGGGCAGAGCGGCACAGUGAUGGAGCCGCCGCAUGUCGAGACGGUAUUGUUGUACAACGGAGACGAGCGGGAUGAUAGUGGCGUUGGCGGCGGCAGCGCGCUACCCCCGGCGGCCAGCAUGGUGAUGCUCCCACCCGGUGUGUACGGAGAGUCGGGCUUCGAGGCCGAGCAUUCGCUUUUGACCCGGAGAAAGAGCGUCAACACGACCGAAUGUGUGGCUGUACCGAGCUCCGAGCAUGUCGCUGAGAUUGUGGGGAGGCAGGGCUGCAAGAUCAAGGCACUUCGAGCCAAAACAAACACCUACAUAAAGACGCCAGUGAGGGGAGAGCAACCCGUCUUCGUCGUGACGGGGCGCAAAGAAGAUGUAGCCAUGGCGAAGAGAGAGAUCCUGUCUGCAGCCGAGCACUUUUCCCUGAUCCGAGCCUCCCGGAACAAGACGGGCCCUCUGUCUGCUGUGACUGGCUUAGGGGCCCCUGCUUUACCUGGGCAGACAACCAUUCAGGUGCGCGUCCCAUAUCGCGUCGUCGGUCUGGUCGUGGGCCCCAAAGGAGCGACCAUCAAGCGCAUCCAGCAGCAGACGCAUACCUACAUCGUGACGCCAAGUCGGGACAAAGAGCCGGUGUUUGAGGUCACGGGGAUGCCAGAGAACGUCGACCGGGCGAGGGAGGAAAUCGAGGCGCACAUCGCCCUGCGCACUGGCAGCUGCGGGGGCGUCGAGGCCCCUGGCGUGGAUAACAGCGAUUUCCAAUUCAACGGGACCGACGUCAGCUUCGACACCUCCCUGAACCCCGUCGGUGUGGGGGAGGCCGGGUGGCUCCACGCAGGCGCUUCGUCGCCAAGCGGUGGAAGCCUGUUGCCGGUCAGCAUCAGUGGUUCUCAGCGGGUCAAUAGCAAUAUCAGCAGCGCCGUCAGGAUGUCUUCCACCUACCGCAACGACAGCUCCAGCUCUCUGGGCAGCGGCUCCAGCUCGGCUGAUUCUUUCUACGGCGGCGGGAACGGGAACCGGAUGGCGGACUUCAGCCCAACCUUCCCCUUCAACGCCAACGCCAACAACAACAACAACAACAACAGCAGUACAAGCAGCAGCACAAGUUUCUGGUUUGGCGACGGCCUUCUCAGCGUGGGGUCUGAAGACCUCUUCAGCCUGGGAGGCGGAGGGUCCUCCUCAGGGUUCGAGCCCUUAACCAUUUCCACUGCCCAUACCUCGCAGUCUGCUGCACCACCGCACAUCUGGAGCCCCUUCGUGGACCAGCCGUCACUUCAGGCCUUCGAUUCCCUGCAGUCCCAGACCAGCCAACCUGGCACCCCGCGCCUCUCUCCAACCUUUUCUGGGACCGAGGCCUUGGAGCACCCUCAGGCCCAGCGUGUUCACCGAAGGCCUUUCGGGUCGGCCGGGACCCUUGACGCCCACAGGAUCCCCUCCUACAGCUCGGCCUUCUCCUCCUCCAGCGAAAGCACCACCUCCUCUUCGCCCCCCGACUCCUCCUUCUCCUACCGGCCGGCGCUCGGCUCGUCCGGGAGGGUGCAGGAGAUAUGCAUCCAGUGCAUGGAGAACCAGGUGAUCGCUGCCUUGGUUCCCUGCGGCCAUAACCUGUUCUGUUUCGAUUGUGCCACACAAAUCUGCCAGGGCCCAGAGGCCAUGUGCCCCGUGUGCCUGUCCCCGGCCACGCAGGCCAUUCAGCUGCGCAAUAUGUGAUUAGUUUGAAUCCAUGUUUUUUUUCCCCCUUGAUGGCUGAUUCAGGGGUCAGCCUCCCCCUGACACAUUGGCUGAUAGCUUAAUGUGUGGGACUUUAAAAACAAGAGCCCAAAUCAGCGUCUGGGUAAUUCCUCGCUCCAGCUUUCUCCAGGCUGGUGUUAAUUUGACAAAGGUGCAGAGAGUCGGUGAAGUGGGUAGGAAGGGUGUGUGUUUAGGGCAUGGGUUAGGGUGCUGAGCCCGUUCUUGUGCCUGCUAUUGUGAAGUCUUCUUGAUUGAAUAACGGGAGGGUUAGAAGCCCUCUAUGUAGCAUUGGGAGGGUUGGAACUUUAUUUUUCUUUCUCAUCCAAUUUUUUUUUUCUCUUCCAAUUUUAUUUUUUUACUUUAAAGAAUAUUAGAGAAAUGUUUGCCUUUAGGGCCAACGCUUUAUUUUUUCAUUUUUGCCAUUUCAGACAUUUUAUCCCAGACGAAUCUUUGAAAGUGAAGUGCAUGUUCACUCGCAGUAAGACUUCAUAUCAGCCAGCCGUGUAAUUACUCGGUGAGUGCAGCAGGAAGGGAGGCAUCCAGGCAAGUUUCUCACAUUUCCGGCUCCUUCAAAAGGGUACUGUUUACGUCCAAAUUGUAAAUCAAUAAAUUUUUCAUAGGCCUGAAAACACUCCCAAGGAGGGUUUUUAAAACCAAGUGGGUCAAACCUAUAACUGGAAAGUUUUCACACUCCAUAAGCAAUCAUAUUUUUGAUCCUUAGACCACGAGGACGUUUUGCUUCUUCAGCAUCGCCGCUUUGCUUUCCCGUUACACUUCAACCAGUUUACGGUAAACUCGUGCCUAAUUCCCAAGCGUGAAGGAAGGAGACGAGUGGUUUCAGCUGACACGGUGUUGCUCUGUUUUCAAACAAACUUGUGGCCUUUUUUUAUUUGGGAAGCCUAUAAUUACCAUCACCACACUAUCUCCAAAAUAAAACCCCAAUAUCCCGCUUCGAAAAAAAAAAAAAACACAAGCUGACAGGCGGAAGUGGCAUCUCGAUGAAACAAAGGUAGAAUUGAUUGUUUUUAUACUUUUUCUUUCCUCUUGUCAUAGUUUUUGUUUACAUCUUCACAUGGGGAAACCAUACGUUGGUUUUCACCUAGAAGGCUAGGCACAUCUUUGUAACAUUCCUCCUCUCUGGUAUCGUCGUUUUGUUUUGUUUUUUAAUUCAGGCUCGUCAUUCUUAACAAAAAGUAUCACUUGGGAUCAAAACUGGCAGAUGUUUCCAGCUGUAAUCUUGAACAAAUCCCAGUGAAGUACAAACUGGCUGCUUUUGUUGUACAAGUUUUUAUUUCCUGUUUUUAAAGCCAUCUCGAGAAUCUUCUCUUUAACUUGAAUGUUGAUUUUUUUUAUUUUUUUUUUUUACUUGGACCGCUCCAUCCUGCAGCUGUCCACUUUAUUCCACUGAGAUGUGAAACAGAGAUGAAGGCCAUCCACUGCUUUUUUUUUUUUUUUUGCACCUCAUCUGCCCGGCCUAUGCAAAAAUCAUCUCAGUAUUUGAACCAGUUCAGAAGAAGCAGGCAGAUACAACUCUAUAAAAACAGUGUAAGCACAGAGCUCCGAUACAGUCGCCAUACAAAAGCGUUCGUAACUAUGGAAACUUCUCACAUUUUGUCACAAUAACAUCCACAAAUUUAAAUUUAUUUCAUUAAAAUUUUGUAUUUGUGAAAGACCGACAUAAAGUAGCGUACAGUUGUGAAGAUCAUAGUUUAUACAAAGUAUUUGCAUUCAGCCCUCUACAGUCAGCACUUGGAAGACUUUGCAGCUGAAAAGUGACUGAAAUUUGCAGCAAAAACAAACUCAUUCAAUUAUCAGCCAUUAUCCCAGAUUCCCAGUUGGAUUCUGUGCCUUUCUAACACAUGAAGAUAUAUUUCAUAAUAUAAUCCCAACCAUUGUGGAUGUUUCGUGUUAUUGUCCUGCUGGAAGGUGAACCUGUGCUGCAGUUUCAAUAUUCAGCAGCUGCUAACAGGUUUUGUUUUUUUUUACUGUUUUUUUUUUUUUAGCUUCAUGUAUUUCAGAUCAAAUUCUAUGUCCCUGUUGAAGAAAAAGCACAACCACAUCAUGAUGCUGUUGUUACCAUGGUUCAUGGUUGUCUCGAGGUGUUUUUUCCACCCGUUGUAUUUGGGCCAGAAACUUCUUGCUCGUUAGACGGGCUCACCUUGUUCUACCUGCUUCCUGUCUGGUCUGUCUGCCGAACUGAGCUUCUGUUUUACGGUUUUUCACAUUUUCUUAAAGUCUGUCUGCCGUGUUCCCUGGUUCCCAGCAAACAUCUGGAGCCUUUGCAGAACAGCUUUGUUUGGAUUAAGAUUUAAGUGCAAUUCAUUAGCUGAUUAAUUGCCUUCUGGUUGAUCACACUGGUUUUUAUUUAGGGGUAUCUGACCGAAGGGGGCUGAAUGCAAAUUCCUUCCACUUUACAAUUCUGUACGACUUUGUUGGUUUUUCCCUGAGAAUCCCAAUAAAAUAUUUUAGGGUUUAAUGUGACAAAAUGUGACAACUUUUAAGACUUGCUAACACUCAAAAGUGUGUUUUCUGUUGGAUUUCAAUCGGGGCUAAUCUCCAUUUACCUCUCUCUGAACAUAAAGAUUUUCUAGUUUUUUGUUUUGUUUUUUUUCCCUACAAUUUUGUGCACUACAAAGCACAUACUUGACACACUAUUGAGCAGUUAGGACAAAACACCUCAUCUCACUUCUUCCAUGCAUGGAUUGAUUUCUUGUUUCUCAGAACGGUACGUAUGUGGAAAUCAUCUCAAGUAUCAGCUUUAAACACCUGUGUCUAUAGAUUCCUGUAGGACUGAAUCAGUUCAGACAUUUUGAAGGCGGGUUGGGGGAGGAGGAAGAGGAGGAGCAGCUGGAACGAUUUCACUACAUAAGGUCAAUCCUGUUGCUUGCUUUUUGUUUUUGUGGACGUUGGACUGCAGUCCCUCCAGCAUUCCAACUGUGAUCAGUAUUUGGGACCCAUCACGUCGUUUCAACCUAAACUCCUCUGCAUCCUCUCCUUCGCGGGUGGGUGGACUUUUGUUAGGAAACGGAACCAAACAAGACCCAAAAGUGCAAAAAGGAAAAAGAAGAAAGGAAAAAAAAAAUCCAACCUCACCUGCGUACGUCUUCUCUUUUAUCCGUCCCAGUUAUUUUAAUUCUCUCAUCUCUUCAAAAGGAUUGAUCUUUUUAUUACUGUUUUUCUUUCCGCCUGAGGGAAUGCAAUACACGACCGGCCCUCGGAUUAUCGACAUGAACCAAUUGUGUUUUUUUUUUUUUUUUUUUCUUUGUGUAUGUAUUGUAUAAAAAUUACUGUUAAUGACUGAGAAAUAUACAGAACUUAUUUUUAUUUUGUUACAUUUCGUAUAUACAUAAAUAUAUCUAUAUCAAAAUGUUUACAAUAAUAUUUUAAAUUUGUUUCUAUUUUUACUUCUUUUUUUUUGAGUGAUUUUAAGCGAAUGAAGAGCUGGAAAUCCAGAUGAUGUUGCAGAGGAGAGCGUCUCAGUGCUAUCUGCUUGUAGUCUAGUUAGUAGUUUACAGUAUUGAUGAUGAUUAAUAGUAUUGAUAGCUGCCGUUAAACCUAGUUGAAAGUGGAAUGUGCAUCACGAGCAUGUCUUCAUCAUUUACCGCCAUUGUGGAUCUUCACUGCAACUGUAAAAAGGCCAAGGAUUCAAGCUGCCUGUCAUGUCUGUACACCACCAAAAUUAAGAACGGUAUACUAUUAAGAUGUAUCUUCGAUUAUCUAUCUCUAAUGCAUAUUGUUCAAAGCUGUACCAACGGUUCAAAGUAUUUGCUAAUUUUACUACACUUUUGUUAUGUAUAUGUGUAGGAGGAGUCUUAAGGCAUAUAAAUUCUUCAAAUUAAGUCAGGAGUUUAAAGCAGACUAUAUUUUAUAAUGGCCUUUUAAGUUAUUGCGGCCAAAGCACUGAUAUUAUAUAUUUGCUGUAAAGAGAAUUUUAAGAGUUUUAUUUUUCUGAUAUUAAAGUUACGUAAUAAAGACGGUUUCAUUUUAAGCCA